AUGCUCUCCCUAUUUCUCAUUACUAUAAUUUUGACGCUUGUCAGUGCUGACAAUUGGUCCACUUAUCCACUGAUUUCGAAAACGGCUUCCAUUAACGGUUUUGCUGACCCAAUUUACUCAAACUUACCGGAUUGCGCCAAAGAGUGUGUAAAAUUUGAUACAGACAACACUCCAUGUCCUUACUGGGAUACAGGAUGUUUCUGCGUUAUGCCUCAAUGGUCAGGUGAAGUUGCUGAUUGCUUUGCUUCAAAAUGUUCAGGUAGUGAUGUUGUGUCUGCUACUUCAUUGGCUAUUUCCUUGUGUAACUCUGCUGGUGCGAAAACUUGGAUGAUACCAGCAUCUGCCUCCACUCAAAUAUUAUUGGCUAAAGGUACUGCUAAUGCUGCUAUAACUGCUGAUAUCACUAGCAGUUCUUCAGCCAGUACUAUCCCCAGCACUAUCCCCAGCACUAUCACCAAUACUUAUGAGGCUUCAUCCACUAUAUCAUCUGCCUUAAGCCACAACUCUUCAACUAUUAGUUCUGCUGUGUUGGCUUCUGCUUCUGAUUCCACCAGUACGAAUAGUAAACCUACAGAAAAUAACGGUGCUUCAUCAGGGUUUACUAGCACUCCUUGUGUUUUGGGCUAUCUCCUCUUGAUUUUUAUUUCAUAUCUUUGUUAA